GUGUUGUGGCAGUCGCGACUUGCGCAAGCUACGACAUCGAAUGCUUUCACGAUCAUAACGUACACGAACCCCACGACUAUCCCCGACAGCCUUUGCGCUAUCAUUUUCUCAUCGCCGGCGUCAAUCUUCGCUUAUCUCGACACUACCCGCGAUGGGCUCACGACUCCAUAAUGCGCCAAUUGUUAUCGACAAUGGCAGUGGAACAAUAAGAGCUGGAUUUGCGGGAGAAGACGUGCCAAAGAUUUUCUUCCCUUCAUAUGUUGGGCGGCCAAAGCAUGUACGGACAAUGGCAGGAGCACUGGAGGGCGAAGUAUGGGUGGGGAACCAAGCAAAAGAGUACAAGGGGCUAUGCAAGCUCAACUACCCAUUGGAGCAUGGUAUUGUCACGGAUUGGGAUGAUAUGGAACGGAUAUGGCAGUACGUCUACAACCAGGGCUUGGGGACGGUCAGCGAGGAUCAUCCAGUACUUCUCACAGAACCGCCGCUAAACCCACGAGAAAACCGCGACGUCGCCGCCCAGAUCUUGUUCGAGACUUUCAAUGUCCCCGCGUUAUACAGCUCUGUGCAGGCCGUCCUUUCACUAUACGCCUCAGGGAAAACAACGGGACUCGUUCUCGAUUCCGGCGAUGGUGUGUCGCAUGCUGUACCGGUCUUCCAAGGGUUUUCUAUACCGAACAGCAUCAGGAGAAUAGAUGUGGCUGGAAGGGAUGUGACGGAGCAACUACAAUUGCAGCUACGUAAGGGAGGGCACGUCUUCCAUACAAGCGCAGAGAAGGAGAUAGUCAAGUCUAUCAAAGAGGCAACAAGUUAUGUGGCGCUCGACAUCGCUAAAGAAGAGAAGGAGUGGUCCGGCAGCAGGUCAGAAGGCAAAAGCAUCGACUACCUCCUGCCCGACGGACAGAAGCUGAAGGUUGGUGCAGAACGCUUUCGCGCGCCCGAGAUUCUCUUCAAUCCGGAACUCAUUGGACUUGAGUAUCCUGGUGUGCACCAGAUUGUCGUGGAGGCGAUUCAGAGGACAGACAUGGACCUACGGAAGUCGCUCUAUGGCAACAUCGUGCUCUCUGGUGGCUCUACAUUGACGAAAGGAUUCGGUAAUAGGCUACUCCACGAAGUCCAGAGACUAGCGGUGAAGGACAUGAGGAUCAAGAUUCUCGCACCACCAGAGCGUAUUUACACCACGUGGACUGGCGGAAGCAUUCUCGCUGGCCUGAGUACUUUCAAGAAGAUGUGGGUCGAGAAAGACGAAUGGCAGGAGAAUCCGGACAUCAUUCAUACCAAAUUCGCCUAGACGAUGCGUUGAGACCUCGGUCGCAGACAAACCAGUGUCGCGACUCCGCGUCCCCACAGCACCCGCCUCCGCAAAUGGCUUACGGUUCGAGGAAGGCGGCAUUACGCUUGUGCCGCCGGGGUGUUAGUCAUAGGAAUCCGGUCUGCAGAACCGACGUCCAAAGAACAUCACAGGGCCCUGCACACCUGGCGUCGCCCGGAUCAACCUGCCAGCCGCAUUGGGACGGGAGUGCUACCGUAGUGUGUUUCCCCGCGUUUGCCAGCGAGUUUCCAAUUUGGGCGUGUUUCUGUUACU